AUGAGUGAAACUGAAGCAACUAAUCAAGCUAUAGAACCAUAUGUAACCGGAGAUAUUGACACAAAUAAUUAUGUGGAAGCAACAUAUGAAAGUGAAAAAAUAAAUAGUAUCGAUGUGAACAUUGAAUUUGACAAAGAUGAUGUUAAUGAUGAAAGGAUAUUGGGAAAGAUUUUUGAUACACCUGAUGAUGCCUAUACAUUUUAUAAUGAUUAUUCAUUUUUGCAUGACUUUGGUAUACGUAGAGAUGACACAAUUAAAAAUCCUAAAACAAAUGAGCCUUUUCGGAAGAUAUACGUAUGCAACAAAGAAGGUUUCAAAAGGAUUGACAAAAAUGAUUCAAGUGAAAAUGAGAAAAAACAUCGUAGGGGUGUUAGAACCGGAUGUCAAGCAAAGCUUCGAAUAAUAAGACAGGAGGAUGGGAAAUGGUUGGUGGACUCGUUUAAUGACACACACAAUCACGACUUGACCAUGACACCUACAAAGGUGAUAAAGCAUCGAUCUCAUAGCAAUUUCCACUGUUCAACAGAAGGUAAAUCUCUUAUGGUGCAAUUUGGUCAAGCAAGGUUAAAACCUUCUCAGAUUAAAAAGGCUGUUAAUACAAUGAAAACCUCAAAUGUAGCUGAUGUAAUUUCAAAGCAAUGUGCCGAUGUCUUAUCUGAGCAUCGAAAACAACAUAGAGGAAAGGAGUUCUAUGGACUUAUAAAACAUUUUCAAGAUAAAACAUUAGUUGACAGUAACCAGUAUUUUGUCGUGGAUUUAUCUGAUGAUGGGUAUCCUAGAAAUAUUUUUUGGGCUGAUGGUAGAUCAAGAGAUGCCUAUACAAAAUUCAGAGAUGUUGUUGUGUUUGAUGUGACUUAUAUGACUAACAAAUUCAAGAUGCCUUUUUCUCCCUUUACCGGGGUGAAUCAUCAUGGACAAUCUAUACUUUUUGGUGGAGCAUUGCUUGAAAACGAAAAGGAAGAGGCAUUUGAAUGGUUAUUUGAACAUUUCCUCAAAUGUAGGCAAGUAUCCGAAUGCAAUUAUUACCGAUCAAGACAAAGCUAUGGGCAAUGCAAUAAAAAAAAGUGUUUCCAAAGACUCGAUAUCGUUUUUGUUCAUGGCAUAUCAGGAAGCAUGAAACUGAGCAUCUUCGAUCAUAUGUUUCCCGUUACAGUGAUUUUCAAGAAACGCACAGACAAUGGGUAA